CCAGAAGCAGUGAACAGGUCUCUGUGUUAACGAAAACGGGCAAGGGAAGCUCAGAACAUCAACCCGAAUACAGCCGCUGCCUGCUCCUCCGCCGCCACCAGAGCCACCCGCGCCAGCCAGCCAGCCCCGGCCAUGGACCACCCGCAGUGCCACAGCUUACCCCAGGACCUGUCCGACUCCUUGAAGGAGGCCACCAUGGAGGUGCACACCCAGGCAGAGAAUGCCGAGUUCAUGAGGAACUUCCAGAAGGGCCAGGUGACCCGAAAGGGCUUCAAGCUGGUGAUGGCAUCCCUGUACCACGUCUACGUGGCCCUGGAGGAGGAGAUCGAGCGCAACAAGGACGACCCCGUCUUUGCCCCACUCUACUUCCCCGAGGAACUGCACCGCAGGGCCGCACUGGAGCAGGACAUGGCCUUCUGGUACGGGCCACGCUGGCAGGAGGCUGUACCCUACACAGCAGCCACGCACCGGUAUGUGGAUCGGCUGCAGCAGGUGGGGGGCAGGGAGCCCGAGCUACUGGUGGCCCACGCCUACACCCGCUACCUGGGUGACCUGUCCGGGGGCCAGAUCCUCAAGAAGAUUGUGCAGAAGGCCCUGGACCUGCCCAGCUCCGGAGAGGGCCUGGCCUUCUUCACCUUCCCCAACAUCGCCAGCGCCAACAAGUUCAAGCAGCUCUACCGCUCACGCAUGAACACUCUGGAGAUGACCCCCGAGGUCAGGCAAAAGGUCAUUGAAGAAGCCAAGACCGCAUUCCUGCUCAACAUUCAGCUGUUUGAGGAGUUGCAGGAGCUGCUGACCCAAGACCCCGAGGACCAGCGCCCCUCACAGACGGCAGGCCUUCACCCCCAUGCCAGCAGCCAGGUGCAAGGUGAGGACCUCCUGGGCUCCCAUUGAAAGGGAUGAAGUGCCAGGGUCUGCCCUAGCAGGGUUCAGGGAGUCCUGAAGGAUGAGUGGCGUUGGCGAAAAGGAUGAGACAGGAGUCGUUCCAUUGCAGCAAUCUCCAGAGAGAGCACUAAUGCAGCUUUCUCUGGGUCAUCUUUUAUUGCAAUGUUUCUCAUCAUUAUGGAUUCAGAAUACGUCAUUGAUUAUACAAUUUCAAAACUUUGCCAAGAAGUGACAUUUCCUUAACCAUCAUUAGGAGUAUAGAAAAAUGUAACAUCAAUUUACAUUUUUCCAGGACGUGACCUUUACUUAUCAAUUAUUAAGGGUACAAAAUCAUUAAUAAAAUGUCACUAAUUUACAAAGAAAAUCUGAUUCCUGACAUCCUGACAACUACUUAUUUAUUUAUUUUGGUUGGUAACAGGGGUUGAAUCCAGGGGAGCUUUAUCACUGAGCCACAUCCCGGGCUCUUUUAAAAAAUGUUUUAUUUAGAGACAGGGUCUCACUAAGUUGCUUAGGGCUUUUCUAAGUUGCUGAGGCUGGCUUUGAACUCAUGAUUCUCCUGCCUCAGCCUCCUGAGGUUGCUGGGAUUACAGACGUGCACCACCGUACCUGGCUCCUGCUAAGUAUUCUAUCAGGUGAUGCGGAUAAAUCAUAGAGAUCAAACCUGCCAACUGGAAGGAUUUAGGUACUCAAGGAUGGGGAGUUAAGAGAAGUACAGUACAGCCCCCUGGGCCAACAGAAUGUGGACAUCAACAUAUUUAUCUGAAUCAUCCAUAAUCAGGUUUUACAUUGCAUUCCUCAACCGAACUGACUGGGACAAGUAUAGGCAAAAGCAACUGCUCAGACUGGUAACUUGUCCUGGAUGUCCCUUUGCACAAAUUCUACUUGAGGAAGUUCUCUGCACACACCUGACUUUGGCCAGGACUCAGGAAUACCCACAAGUGGGGAGUAGAGGGAGGG